AGUACCAGAUGCCCAACAACAGCUCCAUCAGCGAGUUCCUCCUGCUGGCAUUGGCAGACACGCGGCAGCUGCAGCUCCUGCACUUCUGGCUCUUGCUGGGCAUCUACCUGGCUGCCCUCCUGGGCAACGGCCUCAUCAGCACAGCCGUAGCCUGCCACCACCGCCUGCACACCCCCAUGUACUUCUUCCUCCUCAACCUCGCCCUCCUCGACCUGGGCUGCAUCUCCACCACUCUCCCCAAAGCCAUGGCCAAUGCCCUCUGGGACACCAGGACCAUCUCCUAUGCAGGAUGUGCUGCACAGCUCUUUUUCUUUCUCUUCUUCAUCUCAGCAGAAUAUUGCAUUCUCACCAUCAUGUCCUAUGACCGCUACGUUGCCAUCUGCAAGCCGCUUCAUUAUGGGACCUUGAUGGACAGCAGAGCUUGUGCCACCAUGGCAGCAGCUGCCUGGGGCACUGGGGCCCUUAAUUCUCUUCUGCACACUGCCAGUACAUUUUCACUGCCUCUCUGCAAAGGCAAUGCUGUGGAUCAGUUCUUCUGUGAAAUCCCCCAGAUCCUCAAGCUCUCCUGUUCUGCUUUUUACCUGAGAGAAGUUGGACUUAUCAUAUUUAGUGCCUUAAUCUUUUAUGCUUGUUUCAUAUUCAUUGUGCUGUCCUAUGUGCAGAUCUUCAGGGCUGUGCAGAGGAUGCCCUCUGAGCAGGGACGGCACAAAGCCUUCUCCACGUGCCUCCCUCACCUGGCUGUGCUCUCCCUGUUUCUCAGCACUGUGAUGUUUGCCCACCUGAAGCCACUUUCCAUCUCCUCCCCAUUCCUGGAUCUGGUGGUGGCAGUGAUAUACACGGUGGUACCUCCAGUAAUGAACCCCGUCAUCUACAGCAUGAGGAACCAGGAGCUCAAGGAUGCUCUCAGAAAACUGUUUGGAGAUAUCUUGCUUCGGCAUCAAUAACAUGUUUAUCGUAUGACUAUCAGAAAUUCAGGAAAAGCUCAGAAUGCCUUUAUUUCAUCUCUUUCA